GACAUUUAAGAGACUUUCAAACAGAGUCGUUUAUGCAAUAAAUGCACACACACUUGCUGAAAUAAUCACGUUCCAGAGAGUUUUCUGAAAUUGAUCGUUUUGGUUCUUCACCUUUCCUUUUCUUUGCUUUCUGCUUCCUCCCUUAAAUACAUUUCACUCUGUUAUCAUCGAUUUUUUUUUCUUAUAUCUCAAUCUUAUUUUGUUUGUCUUUUCUCCAUUUUUGUUUCGUUAAGAAGAAACAAUGGUUAUGGCUAUGGAUCGGAUCGCUUUGUUCUCUUCCUCAUCAUCUGUUUAUCAUCACGGUUCUUCUCAUUCUCAUGGCUCCAAAUCUUCCAGAGUUUUCACUAUUCGUUCCGACUCUACAGCGGUUGGAAGGAAACUGUAUAUUCCUCCUCGAGAGGUUCAUCUUCAAGUGAAGUAUUCAAUGCCACCACAAAAGCUGGAGAUUUUCAAGUCCUUAGAAGGAUGGGCUAAUGACAACUUGUUGGCUUACUUAAAACCUGUUGAGAAAUCAUGGCAACCAACUGAUUUUCUCCCUGAACCUGAGUCAGAAGGAUUCUAUGACCAAGUUAAGGAGUUAAGAGAAAGGUGUAAGGAGCUCUCUGAUGACUACCUUAUAGUGCUUGUUGGUGAUAUGAUCACAGAGGAAGCACUUCCGACUUAUCAGACCAUGAUUAAUACAUUGGACGGGGUUAGAGAUGAGACGGGAGCAAGUCCAACUCCUUGGGCAGUAUGGACUAGGGCAUGGACUGCGGAAGAGAAUAGACAUGGUGAUCUUCUUAACAAGUACCUUUAUCUGUCUGGACGAGUAGACAUGAGACAGAUUGAAAAAACUAUUCAAUACCUCAUUGGUUCUGGAAUGGAUCCAAAAACUGAAAACAAUCCUUACUUGGGAUUCAUAUAUACUUCUUUUCAAGAAAGAGCUACAUUCAUCUCCCAUGGAAACACUGCUAGACUGGCAAAGGAUCUUGGAGACUUGACACUUGGGAAGAUUUGUGGCACCAUUGCUGCUGAUGAGAGGCGCCAUGAACACGCCUACACCAAGAUUGUAGAGAAGCUCUUUGAAAUUGAUCCUGAUACCACAGUCGUGGGCUUUGCUGACAUGAUGAGGAAAAAGAUCUCGAUGCCUGCUCAUUUGAUGUAUGAUGGUCGUGAUGAUAAUCUAUUUGAUCACUUCUCGUCCGUGGCCCAGAGGCUUGGUGUCUACACUGCCAAGGACUAUGCUGAUAUACUGCAACAUCUUGUGGAAAGGUGGAAUGUGGAGAAGUUGUCAGACCUUUCUAGUGAAGGAAACAGGGCCCAGGACUACCUCUGUGGAUUACCUGCUAGAAUCCGCAAACUUGAAGAGAGGGCUCAAGGGAGAACCAAAGAAGCAGCAAAAAACAUACCAUUCAGCUGGAUUUUUGGUCGAGAAGUCAGGGCUUAAAAGAAGUAAUGUUAAGCAAUUAAUUCUUCCAUAUUAUAAUCCCAAGCAAGCUAUAAAAGAUCUUCACCAACACCUUGAUGAAGAAGCCAGAAGUAUGUUAUGUUGGAAACGUGUGUAGAUAAAGUAUGUGUUAGACUUUGCUUUGUUUGGAUCACUUAAAUGACUUACUCCAAAGAAUUUGCUUUGUUUUGACGAUUUUAUUUAUUUAUUUCUGCACCUCUAUUUGUUGCUAGUAUUGAAUCCACUUCUGUAAUGUUUUCUCUUCUUCUGAAUCCAAUAAGAUAUUUAAAAAGUAAAAUUUUGUGUUUCGUUCUCUCUACUU